CUACAUAUCCACUCCAUACUACAUUUUGUAUGCCGCUCAAUUGUUAAUCUAUUUUUGGUUCCAGUAAAAGCAGUAAAUUAACAUUCAUAAUUUGAGCCCAUUAAUCGAACAGUCUUAUUAUUACCGAGAAGAAAACCUUUUCACAAUUUACAUUCGUUUACACAGUGACAACUUUUCCUGUUAAUGAUUGGGGAAUUUAAUCAAAAACAUUACACAUAACUACAGUCCUCAUCGAAAUUAAAAGCAAUUUUCUAUCUCCUAAGUGAACAUACAAACGAUUCGUCAACAAAAUACCAGCAACAUGUCCGAUUUCAAACCAAUAGCGCCGAAAUAUGACAGCAAAUUGUUUGCAGCGAUCGGAGAAGAGCUGUAUUUGAGCUCAGAUUUGGCCGACGUGUACUUCGUUUUCGAGUCGAAAAAUAAGCCAAACGUACGAGUGCCGGCACAUAAAAUCUUAUUGCAGAAGGGCUGUGAUGCAUUCCGAGCAAUGUUCAACGGAUCAUGGAAGGAGAAAAACGAAGUCAGAAUUGUUGAUACACCAGCUUCUGCAUUCAAGGAAUUUCUACAGUUUUUCUACAAGGUUGAAGUGGUUCUGACCAAAGAAAAUGUGGGAGCAGUCAUGAAUCUUGCCAAACAAUACGUAAUGGAUGAAUGUGUGACCAUGUGUGUAAAAUUCUUGAAGAAUACACUCAAUGAAUCAAACGUUUGCACCAGAUAUGGAAUGGCGAUUCUCUAUGAACAGGUCGAAUUGAAAAAGUCGUGUGAAACGAUCAUCGGACUCAAAGCAAACUCAAUGUUUAAAUCGGCUGAUUUUUUGUCGUGCGAUCGAAAUAUUUUGGCUGCGAUCUUGGGAUUAGACUGGUUAACAUGCUCCGAAGUUGAAUUGUUUGAAGCGUGCAUGGCGUGGGUGAAAGCAGCAAGCAAACAGGAGGUUUUGACAACAGAAGCGGUGCAAGAUCAUCUUGGUGAUUUAUUGUAUAAAAUUCGAUUUGGAGCAAUGUCAAUGAACGAAUUUGGCGUAUUAGUUCCAUCGUAUGGCAAAGCCUUUUCGGCUGACGAUUAUCAAGAAAUCAUUCAAAUAAUUUUAGAUGAAGAUUUUAAGGCGACGAUUUUCAAUGGAAAACGGGUGAAACGGUGUGAAAUAGAGCCUUGGCAUUACAAACACAUUUUUUGUAAUCGGGAGUUUUCGGAGAGUGAUUCGGUUGAUCCAUACUUUCUUCAAAACAUCGAAACAACGAAAUUCUCAGUUAAUCAACCACUAUUACUAUAUGCAUUUAUUUGUGACCAUUUGCGGCUAUUUCGUGAUGGAAAAUAUUAUGAAAUGGACGAAGAAUUACCAACCAAAUUUACAAUUGUUGAAGUUGCACAUUCAGGAAGCACCAAUGAAGAAGUUGAAUUGUAUAAUGGAGAUGCCUAUUUGGAAUAUAUUUGUACUGUCGUUUCAGUAAGCAACCCGAUUUUCAUUCGACCUGGAUUCCAUUACGAAAUAAGAAUGAAACUUGAUCCACCUGUAGAUUGUUGUAUUGGCAGUUUAUUACAAUCAGAAGUGCACAUCAAUGACAUCACUGUACAAUUUCAUGAUGAUGGUGAUAAUGAAUCAAGUAAUUUUAUUUGGGAGCUUAGAUUCUAUAAGAUUUGA